CUAUAAACCCAUCUCUAUAAAUUACCUUCAACAAUCCAAUGUAUCAAGUCAGUGAAAAAAUGGCUUCUUAUUCCGUACCAUUCCUCUUUAUUUGCUGCUGCUCCUUCUUAUUAGUGUCUGCCUCCCGAUCUUAUUCUUUAACCGAUGGUGUUGCUGUAAGUGAGCCAGUUUCGCCUUCUUUAGUACAGUUUAAAGCUCAGAAAGUUGUUCUGUCUUUGUACUAUGAAGCACUGUGUCCUUAUUGUCGGAACUUCAUCAUCAAACCUUUAGCAGAAAUGUUCCAGACUGAUCUGAUCUCCAUUGUUGAUCUGCAACUCAUUCCUUGGGGGAAUGCUAAUUUAAACCCUAACAACACUAUAACUUGCCAGCAUGGAGAAGAUGAAUGCUACUUGAAUACUAUUCAUGCUUGUGCCAUCAAUAUCUGGCCUGAUGUGAUGAAGCAUUUUAGUUUAAUAAAGUGCAUGGAAGAGCUACAACAUUCAGAAAUUACUACUCAUGGCGUAGCACCAAAAUUAUCAUGGCAGCUAUGUGCUGAUAAAUUGAACUUGUCGCGGCGGUUCAUUGAGCAAUGUUAUGACAGUGGUCGCGGAAGACAGCUCCUAUUACAAUUCGGCAAUAAAACGGAUCACCUGAAACCUGGACACCAGUAUGUGCCAUGGGUGGUGGUGAACGGAACACCUCUUCUCAAUGACUAUGAUAACUUUGUACAUCAUGUCUGCAAAGCAUACAAAGGAGGACCUUUACCAAGGGCCUGUAGUAGUCCACGUGACUUAGUCUCAACUUCCAUCAAAAAGUCAACCGAACCAGGUGGUUCUAAAUGUCCAGCCAUAAAUAGUUAACCAGAGCGUCGUAGAUUAUUAUUGUAUUUUUUUAAUAUAGUGCAAUAAUAAAGUGUAUUUAUAAAUGGAAUCGAACCAUUAUGUUUCAAUGUUUUAAUUAGUUAAAAGGUAAAAAAAAUUGUAAUUUUAUACAAAUACAAAUCAGCUUUUUUAUUUUUUUU